UCGAUAUUUCUCCACCUAUACUUCAAACACAUGGUUGUUUUGUUUUGAUCGCAAAUAAAUAUACAAAAGAUUAUUAACCAAAUUAAUUAAGUUAAAAUGACGGAAGCCAUUAAACAUGCAGUAGCCGAUACAACACGAAAUAAUGAGGAUAACAUCAUAAUCUGUCUACCUGGCGAACGUUUGUGCCGUGUAGAAGAUAAUAUUAUUGUUGGUGAUGGAACCUACGAGCAAGGAGGCUACAUUUAUGCUUCCAAAUCUGGGAUUGUCAAUAUUGAUGAAUCCACUGAAACGUGCCAAGUUGUUAGUGUUCAUAAGCCGGGUUUUCAUUUGACCAUUCCAGCGACUGGGGACAUCGUAACAGCUCGCGUUCUGGUAACAACACCAAAGUUCGCAAAGUGUGCCAUUUUUAGCGUACGAAACGUCUUGCUCGAGAGCAGCUAUAGAGGAUUACUGCGGAAGGAGGACGUCCGCGAAACUGAGAAGGACCGCGUGGAUAUCUAUAAAUCGUUUAAGCCUGGCGACAUCAUCUUGGCACGUGUUAUCAACCAGAUGGAACAAUCAUUUACCUUAAGCACAGCGGAAGCAGAACUAGGAGUUGUAGUAGCCUAUGCCAGUGAUAUACGCAAGAACCGUAUUCCUAUGGUACCAAUUGGAUGGGCUGAAAUGCAAUGUCCAAAGACUACAAUCAAGGAGCCCCGAAAAGUUGCCAAAGUCCUGCCCGAAAGUUCGAUUAAAUCAAAUAGGCCAUGAUAUAUUUCAUUUUCUAUUAGUAUUCUAACACAAAUUUAUUAUGUUAACAAAGUUCCAUUAUAAAGCAAUUAUAGUUGAAGCAGAAUCGGAGCAUAAAUCAAAUAGUUGACGAAAUCAACAAAUAUUGAAUUAUGCUGCCAACGAAAAUCGCAUCGCGUGCUUAUGUCUGAUUCUAAUUCACUCUAGAUACAAUACUGUAUAAGUGUGUAUGUCUAUUUGUUAAUAUGUAUUUAGGUCCGAGGGUCAAUGACUAAGUCUAUGCAACGAAAAAUGAGGGUUACAGGUGUUCUUAGCUUGCGUGAGCGAGUCUUUCUACCCUUUAACACAAUUCCCUCCCUACAAAAUUCUUCAUCCCCAUUCCAUUCGACAACGUUGAGUCCGUUGUAAAGGGAUGGACAGCCAAUAACUGUUUGAUCGAUAAGAGCGCAACUCGUUUUGGCCAUUACGAUGCCG